UUAACAAAGAGAUUUCCCAAUUGUUUGUGGAAGCUGAAAAAUUGAAAAAUUUAUUUAACCCACGAGUAUAUGUUGAAGAAAUUCCAGUGGAAAUGAAUGUUAAUUAUCAAAUUGGAAUGAUUAAAUCUCAUUCUACUCCAUUCUUUCGGGUGAUGAGUGAAAUUGAAUCCAAAUUUAUUAAUGAAGAUGAUGAAGGAGGGGAGAGAGUGGUAAUUGAAGGAAUGAAGAAUGAAUUGAUGGAAGCUGAAAGGGGUGAGUGGGAGAGUGUGAGAGGAAAAAUAGAAAAACUUCAUUAA